UUCUGCGUGGGUCUGAGCUGGGCGUGGGCUACACGCACUCCCCAUUGCCCACUCCUCAUCCUCUCCCCUGCUCUCACACUGGAGCCACAUUGUUCGAUGAGGACACAUUUCGGUCUAACCAAUGAGUGCCUCCAAGUCGCUCGGUGCUAUUUAGGAAAAGUGAAGCGUUCGUGGCAAAUAAUAAAAAUUCGAUGAUUUGAAGACGACCGGAAACGGUGCGAAAACUGUUUGGAGAUAUUCAGUUGAAGAAGGAACUUGAGUGUGAGCAUCUUAUUUUAUUUUUCCCCUUUUUUAACCUCUCUCCUCCGGCAUAGGACAAAUCGCUAAUUGCAGCCCGCUUGUUCUGCAGCAGCAGUGUGAGUGUGUGUGUGUGUGUGUGUGUGUGCGUGUGUAUGUGUGUGUAUGUGUGUGUGAGCCGCAUCGGGAAAGAUGACAGAGUACAAGCUGGUGGUGGUGGGCGCUGGAGGCGUGGGCAAGAGUGCACUCACCAUCCAACUCAUCCAGAACCACUUUGUGGAUGAAUAUGACCCCACCAUAGAGGACUCGUACAGGAAACAGGUUGUGAUUGACGGAGAGACCUGUCUGCUGGACAUCCUGGAUACUGCAGGUCAGGAGGAAUACAGCGCAAUGAGGGACCAGUACAUGAGGACGGGAGAGGGAUUCCUCUGCGUGUUCGCAAUCAACAACACAAAAUCCUUUGAAGACAUUCAUCAAUACAGAGAACAGAUAAAACGCGUAAAGGACUCGGAUGAUGUUCCCAUGGUGCUUGUGGGCAACAAAUGUGACCUCCCUGCACGUACGGUGGACACAAGGCAAGCCCAGGAACUCGCACGUUCCUAUGGCAUCCCUUACAUUGAAACCUCCGCGAAGACACGACAGGGAGUAGAGGAUGCUUUCUACACACUGGUCAGGGAAAUUAGGCAACACAAGCUGAGGAAGUUGAAUCCGCCAGAUGAGAGUGGUCAGGACUGUAUGAGCUGUCGCUGUGUGGUAUCGUGAUGAAGGUCUCCUUCACAGCUUGGAAAGAAAUGCUACAGCACAAGACGUCGCAGCAUGGACUUGAAAAUAGAAUGAAAAAACUGAAUGAUGAAAGUUAAAUAAAUGGUUGCAAUUUUUUUGUCUCUUGAGAAGAACCUGAACCAGAGCCGUUUUUAUGGAAAGAAGGAUUUGGACUGACUAUUGCCUGCGUGGCUACCUGAGCAAGCUUGGCCACCCCUCUCCCCUUUUUUUUUUUUUUUUUUUGCGCUUCAUGUCGACAGGUGAGCAAAACCACGAAUCACUAUAAUCAACUCCAACGUGGUCUUGCUGGGUAACUAACUUAUUGUUUUCAGUCUCUACACUGGUCCUAUAGGGAGAGCCUUGAAUCCCCAACCCCCUUUCAGCUCACCCUGAAAUACUCAAUCCACUGCACUGGUCUUGGGUAGGCAUUGGACAUUUGUUUGCUCUAUAACCACUCGUGUAAAAAAAAAUCCAACUACCUCCCUUUAAAGGUGAAGGCUGACUUGGGAAUUUGUAGAAUGUGUUGCUGUUGUUUUAACAGUUAGCCUUGUUGUAAAAGAUGUGCAUUUUGGUUUUGAACUGGAACAUAUUUAGCGGGUGGAUAAUUAAAAAAAAUAUAUUGAGCUCAACUGAGUGAGUUAAAAGAGCUCAACAUUUUUCAUGACUUGCCCAUACAUUUACAGUAAUAAAAAAAAGAAAACGUACGUCCAUCCAAAAAUACAAUCAUGUUGACACUUAUUUCAUUGAUGUGAUACUACCCCUCCUGUAUAUAUUCUAGGGGUUAUUGAAAAAAAAAGAAUUGGUUUUGAGGGGUUAUUAAAAAAAAUGAAUUGGUUUUGAUUUAAAAUAUGAGUGCAUCGAAUCAGACCGAAUUGAAUUGUUCCACUUCAAAAUACUGUAUAUAGAUAUACGUAUCGAAUCAUCUUUGAUUGGAGAGAUUUGUCUUUGAAGGAAAGACGGCUUUUACACUUACCUACUGACGAGUUAAUUCCUAUUGUAAUAUGACAAGAAACUCAUUGCAUCAUACCCUCUCAAACUCAGCCGUACCACAAUGAAUUGUAAUCACACUGAAUCGAAACAAAUCAAAACAUUCCACUCCAAUAUAAAUCUUGAACUGUAUCACCCCCCCCAAGUGUCAAGAUACGUACUGAAUUGCCUUUUUUUGGAGAGAGGAAUACAUUUUGGUUCUGAAUGCAGCUGCCUUACAUUCUUUGGUAAAAUUGUUUUCGUGGAAUAAUAGUGAUGGUGACGAUGAUGAUAAUAAUAAUCAUAGCUUAUUAACAGCAAUGGUUACUGUACAGUAUAUUGGUGUGGGUAUAGUAGGAUUUAUAUCUGUUAAAUCCACAUUGCACUGGAAGCAAGGGAGGGUACAGUGCUUUUGCACAGUGCUACAGCUGGAGACAUUUGCCUAUAUCAUAAGAGCAACAUGCUAUGCUUGCACGGUUACAGGUUUUAGGUGGAGAUACAGUUUUCUUUUGAAAACAACUUUCUAUUAUCGUUUCAUGCGCUUUUAACAUGCUUUUUAAUCUGCUUCUUAACCCCAAUACAGAGUUGUUGUUUUUUUUAAAGUGUAACCCUUUGCAGAGUGUAACACCCACAUUAGAAUGCUGAAACUUCCCACACACUUCACUACCCUCAAAAACCUCAAAAUGUGUGCUGUACAUGAAUGUGAGUGACUAAUAUGUGUAAUGAAUGCUGGAUCAUGAGGUGCGUCGCUGUGUUUCUCAAGUGUUAACUCGCUUGUGUUUUCGACUGUUGCAUUCAUUUGCUACUUUAUUCAGAAGACUGCGCUUACCUGUUUCUACUUUGUAGCUUAUUCCAUAUGCACAGGAGAAGUUUGGUCUGUUUACUUUGUGUGCAACUACCGAAAAAGCAUUGGGUUAAGACAUGGCAUGCGCUGUACAGAUCCUGAAGGUAAAACUGCAACAUUUUGAAGUGUGUCUAAAAGAAUGAAUUUUUUGGUAGUGUAUAGCCAAUAAAAGCCAAAUUGCCUCACUCUUGCUUGAUUACAUUUAGUUAGUUUAAUUAGUUACAUUUAUUGUCUAUUGGUUUAUGAAUUCCACUCAUAUCCAGAAUAAACAUAAAACUGCUUUCAAUUUACAUUGGAGGUGAGGUCACGUUCUUUCCCCGCUACAAAGGACGUCAUAAAUAGCAGGAACAACCGUGCUACAGUGCGAAAGCUAAGUAAUUAUUAACCAUUCAUCUUUGCUCGAAUGAAGGGUUAUGAACUGUGAAUGUGUCAUCUGCAAGUUUUCAGCUAAAAGUCUGUUUAAAAUUAAUUUGGUUCAAACUGUUGUUCUGAAACAUUUUGAUGGAACCUUUGUCUCGUCCUAAAUGCUUGUUGUUGCCCUGUCAAACUUUAUACUGUAUAGCAAAUCCAUAAUAAUGCCACAACUCCACAAAUCUAUGCAUAAAUUCUCAUCGUCUUAGAAUGUCUCAUAUCGUUGCCGCAUGGAUACUUAGCCAGUAACCCCGAGAAUACAUGUCACAAAAUGACUUGUACAGACCUGUAGAGGUUUGGACUUCUCUACUUACAAUUGUAUCAAGGGCUUCUCUCUCCCUUGAACACUAUUGAAUGAAAGUGUGUUUGGAAUUUAUAAAAAAAUGUUGGCUGUUUAGCUAUUUAAGAUGUAUGUACUCUUUAAAAAAUGUCAAAUGCGUUGCAGGGCAGGAAUAAAGAUGUUAUGAUAAACAUGUUA